CCAGAGUGGCGCACAGACAGGCGGCAGACAGUCCUCACAAAGUGGGAAGUUUUCGCCAAAGGAUUCCGUCUACAGAUUAUUACCUUCAUGUCGGCUCUGUUGGAUACUCACCCACCGAUGCUAUGGUUACCUUUAUUACGAUCUUACAGGUGAAUCUAGUGAUGUCCAUCCUGCUGUAUGUGAUGGUCCUAGUGUACCUCUAUGGUAUCCAGGUAACCAACAUGGACAGCAGUCAUUACCAGCAGCAGCAGCCACAACCGAGUCCAGACCCAAUUAACUCUCUUAUUAUCCAGCUCCUUCAAGCUGACCUGACAAGGGGAAAAACGAGGGUCAGCCAGGGUCAACAGGGAAAAUCCAGGGAUGCUGAGUCCAGCGAUAUGCUACCUCCUCUGGGCUCACCUAGCGCAAACUUCCCCUCAGAGGAGCAGCACGAUGUAGAGCAACGAGGGACAGGAGGUCACGUCGGCGAGAGCAGUGAGGGCGCGUUGGAGCAGCCGAUCUUCCUGCUGAACUCAGACUUACUCAGGCAACACAAACGAUACCACUCACCUCGGGUGCUGCUCAGCGACCGCCCGCCACUUCAGCCGCCACCACUGUACCUCGCAGAUGACUACAUGAGUGGUGAACCAGAUGUGGCGGUAGGAAAUAAGACACGAAAAAAGCGUUACGCUGAGCACAAGAGUUAUCGCGGGGAGUACUCUGUGUGCGACAGCGAAAGCCGGUGGGUGACGGAUAAAACCCAGGCAGUGGACAUAAGGGGCCGACCUGUCACUGUUCUGGAUAAAAUUAAAACUACCGCAACGCAGGAUGUUAAACAGUACUUUUAUGAGACGCGCUGUCAAACCGCCAGGCCCUUCAGGGGCGGCUGCAGGGGUAUCGAUGAAAAGAACUGGAACUCGCAGUGCAAGACAUCACAGACGUACGUCAGAGCAUUGACAGAACUUCGAAAUGCAGUGGGCUGGCGGUGGAUACGGAUAAACUCUUCCUGCGUUUGCGCUUUAUCGAGGAAAAAUCGGAGGACGUAAAUAAACCCAUACAAGACCUGCUGGGGACUUCCAUCCCGUUUGGAAUUAUUCUGCCUCUCUAGGAUUUUAUCUCUUGCUCUCAGCACUCCCCACACCAGGAUUACAUGUCAUGGCAAUGAACCGAAACAUUUAUAUUUCUACUGAAGAUAUUAUGGGUCCAUUAAAAUGGUAUUUCACAUUGUUGUUCUGUAAAUCCACAAGCAGGUGCAGGGCUGCUGUAUUGGAAGAACAGGGAUGGGGAGGGA